AUGACGAAUUCUACUCAUUCGCCAACCUCAACUUCGACCAACUGGAAGAAGCGAGCAGAAGCUUGGAAUUUGUUAUUGCCACCCUCCGAUACUCUGAAUAGUUGUAACUUCUUGAAUCCUAAUACGAGCAUACAGGAAUGUAUACAGUCGACACUGGGCAUCAAAUUCGACGAUGAUAAUACAGGGCAGCAUCCUUUUGUUGAAUAUAUGAAAAGAUUUCGAGAUUCAUUCAAAGCACUGCAAGGUGAGAUGAGAGGUAUUGAGCAGGAGCAAAAGCCCGAAAUGCUAAACAAUGAUAAUCAAGAAAUAGCAAGCAUUGAGAAUCCCAGUGAUGAAGAUUCCAGCCAGAAGCGCAAGGUACAAAAAAUCUCGAGUCGGGAGAGGGAAUUGGAACGCAAGUUGUUGGAAUCAGAACGCAAGAGUUUGGAAGAAAAGCAAUUGAGGUUGAUGGUUGAAGUGCAACAAGAAAUUGGGGAAAUACGCCGCGUUCAUGAUUUAGUUCAAGUAAUGCUCAAUUGGUGUGCCACCUGGGGCAAUGAAACGUUAUCAAUAACGAAAUCAGAUUCUCGGCUGACUUCAAAUAAGGAAAUGAGUUCUGUGGACGAUAAUGACUUGUACGCGACUCCACCCAAAAAUGCGUGUCAACCGUCUAUCAGGUAUGUGAAGGAGGACGAGUUUUUGAAGGAUCUCAUUGCCAGGUCCUCUUGGGGAGACCUGGAAGAGAAAUACAAAAAGUCAUUGGAUAAUCUGGCAACCAGUCUUAGUGACCUAAUCGAUUUAGGCGAGAAGUCGGCUACUGAUGCUCAUAAGGCCACGAAUAGUGAGGGUAGCGAGGAGCGCAAAAGGCAGGUGGGACAUAUUGUAACUACAAUCCUUGGCUCUGACUUCGUCAGCAAUGACAAUGCAAACCAAAGCUUCGAAAGACUGCAGAUCCGAGGCUCAGACCAGACUACUGUUGCACAGCCUGUACUUCAUGCUAUCAUCUAUCGAGUGCUUGACAUCGUAGGUUUGCGUGAGCUUUAUGUGUCCAAGGAGAACAAUACAAGAGGUGGAAGUGGAAACGAAAAAGACCGCCAUGUGGGUUUUUUGGUCCACGAAGUGCAAGAGCACCUUUCUUACUCCCUUCCAAGUAUCAUUGAAUCAUUAUUUGAAGUAAAAAAGUGUGAAAUGGUUGGGAAAAAGGAUGUCAAAUUGAUUGAGCUCGCGGUGAAGCAAGCUAUUGGAAACAGUGCGAGGAGGAUGCGGGGAGAGUUCAACUUUCUAGGUAUUGGUGCGGAUUGUGAACUCUAUGGAAUUGCCACUUCGUUGUCCAAAAUAUCUAUCGUCAAAGCAUCGCUGCAAAAAGUAGGGACAAAAUCAGUCGAGAUUUCAUGGAGUAGGACAAAGGGAACGGAUUUAUUGUCGUCAGUGGGUCUUCAGCUACUAGCGCUUGCAAUUAGUGUCAGCUACGAUCUUUCUCGAGUGCAACAUAGUAUUGCUACCCUAAAACCAAAACAUAUCUCAAAACAAAUCGAUGAUGGAUCGCGAACAGUGGCUGAAAUGCCCGACUUUUCGAUUUGCGAGUACUUGGGUUCAGGAGCUUUUGGCAUUGUGUACAAGCUUUCGGCUACUAUUGGUGACACUGUCAAAUCACCACAGCAGCAGUCCGAUUUUUUUCUCAAGAUCCCAUCAUGCCAAAGGGCAUCGGUUUCGUUGCAUGACGAGGCAAACAUCUUGGAACGGCUGAAUAGUGACAAACCAAUCACAGGAAAAGUCUCCAACAUCCCUUCUUUCAAGCUGUUGGGUAGCUUUGAUAUCAAUUUGAAUGAUUUUACAGGUGAGACUGACGGUCUACUUCUCAAUGGAAUAAUUGGCACACCUGCCCAUAAGGUGAAGUACAACAAGGGGCAGUUAUGGUCUGUCGUCAGAAAGGUGUAUGCCACCCUAACGGCUGCACAUGAACGGUCAGUUUACCAUCUCGAUAUCCAACCUGCCAACAUUAUCGUCCGUGAAGUGUCGUCGUCGUCCUCCUCCUCCUCCUCGUCAGAUAAUGAUUUGGAUGUAUUGGUGAUUGAUUGGGGCGUUGCAAUCUCUGACGAUAAACAAAUCCUCUUUCGGGGAUGCAUACCAUACGCUCACGAUGAGCUCCUUGCAAAAGCGAGGAACAAAAGUAUGGCCAAGCCAGAAUAUGACUUUGCUUCACUUAUGUACACGUGCUAUCACUUGGACGUGGGUUUUUUACCAUGGAAUGUCGUGAUGGAUGAGCAUGGGAAGCAAGUAUGCGACGUCGGACAGAGGCGAGAGACAGUGUUGCAAUGGUGGGAACAAAAACUUCAAGAAGAAUGUCAUCAUUGUGACGAGGACAAAUUCGUUCUGAAUAGUUUGCAAAACUCGAUAUCUAUAGGCUAG